AUCUCCCUUUAAAACCUUACCGCUCAUCUGCGCAGUCGUGACAGGAAAUCAUCCUUUUUAGCUUGCGCCAUCCAAAAUGGGUUACAGAGGUCGAAGGAAGCAUAUUAAGCGUUUAGCCGCUCCUAAGCAUUGGAUGCUGGCAAAGCUCGGCGGUGUUUUUGCACCCCGACCCAGCACAGGACCCCACAAGGUGAGGGAGUGUCUACCAUUGAUAAUUUUCCUCAGAAAUCGUCUGAAGUAUGCACUCACCUCUGAUGAAGUGAAGAAGAUUGUGAAGCAGAGAUUGAUAAGAGUUGAUGGACAAGUCAGAACAGAUCCCACGUACCCAGCUGGUUUCAUGGAUGUCAUCACCAUUGAAAAGACCGAUGAAUAUUUCCGUUUGAUUUAUGAUGCAAAAGGAAGGUUUAUUGUUCACCGUAUUAAAGCUGAUGAAGCAAAGUAUAAAUUGUGCCGUGUAAAGAAAGUUCAAACUGGUAUAAAGGGAAUUCCAUUCCUAGUAACACAUGACGGUCGUACAAUCCGCUACCCUGAUCCCCUCAUCAAAGUCAGUGACAGUGUUUUGUUAGAUAUUGCUACUAGCAAGAUCAAAGAGUUUAUCAAAUUUGACUCGGGUAACCUAUGUAUGAUCACUGGCGGCCACAACAUUGGGCGUGUUGGUGUAAUAACUCACAGGGAUAGACAUCCAGGGUCCUUUGACAUUGUACAUGUUAGAGAUACAUUGGGGCAUGUAUUUGCCACAAGAAUUAAGAAUGUAUUCAUCAUUGGCAAAGGAAACAAACCUUGGGUGUCACUACCAAAGGGCAAGGGUGUGAGACUGACUGUGUCAGAAGAGAGAGACAAGAGAAUUGCAGCUAGGCAACAACAGUAAAUGUGAUUAAAGGGUCAUUAAAGACUUGUUCCUUGGAAA